AUGGAAGGCUCGAGCGAAGACCUCGACCGACUGGCCUCAUCAAUUAAAACUCAACUCGAUCAACUGACGCAGACUAACAGCAGCAGUGACAGCAACCUACUACUCAACAGCAUCGAUGAGGACCCUAUACUGCCCACUCCAGACGAUCUCAUCCUCUCAGAUCCUGAUUAUCAAUUUGCCCACCAUUCUAUUCGGCAACUGUUGAUCUCGUCUUACCCGGCAGGCUCGAACGAGCUCGAUCACGAGCAAUUGGCAAAAUCAAUCAUCCACCUCUUCAAGAACCAUUUCAAGCAAUACUCGGCUGACCCGCUAGAUCCGAACUGCUUGGAGGGGCUGUCAAAUCAGAUCUUGGACCUACUAGGCUUCCAGGCAAUCGACCUCGUCCCUCAAAUCGUCCAGAAAGUUCGCACGUUUGACUUCACAGAACGGGUCGACCUCAAUCGCGCACAAAGGACUCGAACAGACAUCCAGCAGGACGCGUUCGAUCUUCCAUAUCUUGACGCAUUCAAAGCCCAACAAUUGGCUCAAGCUGCAAACCGGCCUUUAUUCAGUCGAGAUGGAUUCCUGACAGACCAGCCUAUCAACCCUCACAUCUUCGACUCAACCCUCUCCAACGGCUGCCAACAGGCCUUCACAAGCCUCACUGGGAAGAAGUUCACCCUUCCGAUCGGGACCACCAGAUCCACCCAUGAGCUCUUCGAAGAGAUCAUGAUCCCCCCCUCCAAUAAAAUUCCGAUGCGCUCGGACGAACAUCUGAUCGAGAUUGAUGAACUCGAUCCCAUCUCACGCAAAUCCUUCUCGGGUUAUAAGACUCUCAACCGAUUGCAGAGCGCUGUCUAUCCGAUCGCGUACAAAACCAAUGAAAACAUGCUGAUAUGUGCUCCCACUGGUGCAGGAAAGACAGAUGUGGCCAUGUUGACUAUUCUCCGAGCGAUUUCUCAGUACGGCGAUCUCAAUCUUGAUAAACCAGUCAAAGGCCUCAGGAACGACUUCAAAAUAAUUUACGUCGCUCCAAUGAAGGCUUUAGCCGCCGAGAUUGUACGUAAAAUGGGCAAGAGGCUCGGCUGGCUGGGCGCAGUCGUCAAAGAGCUGACUGGUGACAUGCAAUUGACCAGAGAAGAAAUCAACGCGACACAUCUCAUUGUCACCACGCCCGAAAAGUGGGACGUUGUCACGCGUAAAUCUUCUGGUGAAGAGAGCCUCGUCUCAAGAGUUCGAUUACUAAUCAUUGACGAGGUCCAUCUCCUUCACGAAGACCGAGGGGCCGUUAUUGAGACAAUUGUGGCCCGAACCUUGCGGCAGGUUGAAUCCUCCCAAUCUCUUAUUCGGAUCGUAGGGCUUUCGGCCACUUUGCCCAAUUACGUCGAUGUGUCUGACUUCCUUAGGGUCAACAGAAUGCAAGGUCUCUUUUACUUUGAUAGCAGCUUUAGGCCUGUACCUCUGGAGCAACAUUUUCUCGGCGUUCGCGGUAAACCUAAUUCGGCCACUUCAAGAACCAAUCUCGACAAAGCCACAUUUGAGAAGGUAUCAGAACUAGUCAAAGAGGGGCAUCAAGUGAUGGUGUUUGUACACGCGCGCAAGGAAACUGUCAAGACGGCUCAGAUGUUGAAAGAGAAAGCCAUGGAAGAGGAUAUUCUCGAGCUGUUUGAUCCCACCGAGCACGCCAGUUUUGAUUCAUUCAAACGGGAAUUAUCUGCUUCCUCCAACAGACAAAUGAAAGAAUUGAUACAAGACGGUUUCGGCAUCCAUCACGCGGGAAUGUUACGUUCGGAUAGAACUAUCAGUGAACGCUUGUUUGAGGCUGGUGUUACGCGAGUACUUUGUUGUACAGCAACACUAGCAUGGGGUGUCAACUUACCGGCGUACGCGGUUAUCAUUAAAGGUACUCAAAUCUACGACGCUUCCAAAGGUUCCUUUGUCGAUCUGGGGAUCCUCGAUGUCCUGCAGAUCUUUGGAAGAGCUGGUCGGCCUCAGUACGAAGACCAUGGCGUGGGGUACAUUUGCACUACCCAUGAUCGAUUGGAUCAUUAUGUUGCUGCCAUAACCCAACAGCAUCCGAUCGAAUCGCAGUUUAUCGCGGGAAUUGUAGACUCAUUGAACGCAGAGAUUGCCCUAGGCACGGUGCGGACUAUAGACGAAGGCGUACAGUGGAUUGGUUGGACUUACCUAUUCGUACGGAUGCGUAAAAAUCCAAUGGUUUACGGACUCACGAUCUCAGAUGUGGAGGAUGAUCCGUUCUUAGGUAGUAAGAGGCAUUCACUAAUCGAGAUCGCUGCCAAGAGACUCCACCAGAUCGGCAUGAUCAAGUUCGAUCAAGUGACUGGAUCGCUUGAUCCUACCGAGCUCGGCAGGAUUGCGUCCAAGUAUUACAUUAAGCAUUCGACCAUCGAGAUUUUUAACCAGUCAUUCCGGCCAAAAAUGACUGAGGCCGAUGUGCUAGCAAUGCUCAGUCAGAGUGUAGAGUUCGAUCAAAUCAAAGUUCGAGAUUCCGAAUUAGAAGAACUGGAGCAGUUGCAAGAACAAGCACCCUGCCAGGUUAAGGGCGGGCCAACUGCAACCGCUGGGAAAGUCAGCAUCCUACUUCAAGCUCACGUUUCCCGCGCUUUCGUGGAAGAUUUCGCGCUCGUCUCGGAUACCGCCUAUGUUGCUCAAAACUCGGCCCGAAUCGUCCGCGCUCUGGUCGAGAUCAGUAUCUGGAAAAAAUUUGCGGAGACUUCAAAGGUUUUGGUCGAGAUUAGCAAAUGUAUAGAGAAGCGAAUGUGGCCGUUCGUUCAUCCGUUGUCACAAAUUGGUCUUUCGGAUCAGUUGAUUCAUGACUUGGACGAUCGCGCUGGGGAUCUUGAAGUCGAAGAUUUGGCAGAAAUGACAGCACCAGAGAUUGCUUCAGUCUGUAGAUUAAACGAUCGACUCGGAGGCGUUAUCUUACGAGCAGCUCGUCAAUUUCCGCGCUUGUCGAUUGAGCACACUCUCCAACCGUUGACCCAGAGCUUGCUGAGGGUGAGGGUCCAUGCCCGUCAGGAAUUUGAUUGGUCGGCCAAGAUUCAUGGGCAAGGUGAACCGUUCUGGGUUUGGAUCGAAGAUGGUGAACAGCAAGAAAUCCUUCGAAUCACUCGGAUCUACCUUCGCCAAUCCGCCCCUGACUUUGAUCUGGAUUUCAUCCUCUCCUUCUCUAACAGUUCUGGGCCCCUUCCAAAAGAAUUGUGUCUCAGAGUUAUCUCCGAUCGUUGGAUCGGCUCGGAUAGUUUCAAAGAAGUUCCGCUCAAGGAUGUCCAAUUAUGUCCUAUCCCACCUCAACCUACGCCUCUGCUAGAAUUGCCCCUCCUCUUAACAUCUCGGCUAGCUCGAUUAAAUGAACAUCCUCAAUUAGCUGGAUUGUCUAAUCAGCUGUCUUCGAUCGAAACGCAAUGCUUCCAUACGCUAUUCCAUACCCCUCACGAUGCACUAAUAUGUGCGCCCGAGCAACAAGCUCUCCAUCGACUGGCACUUUUUGCUAUCGCUCGAACACUGAAACUGGGCUCUGAUCAAGCAAAGCGGGUUCUGGUGAUUGCCCAUAGGAAACCUAUUGCACGACAGCUGAGCGCAUUCUUGAUCCGAAGUUUGAAAGCAUUUUCCGUCAAAAUAUCUGUCCUAGUCGAGCCUUCUGAUCUUUCAAUGUACGCUAGUUCUUCAAUAGACUCCUUAGAAAUCGUGGUCAUGACUGCCAAACUUGGUUCGGCCGUGGCGGUCCCAUUCUACCGAAGCAGGACCUUGACCAUUCUAAUGGACUUGCACAACAUGAGCAAGGAUUACGAAAAUAUGAUUAACAUUAUCCUGAAGAAUCGUUCGACCACUCGCCUCCUUGGUUUUUCGAGCUCCCUCAUGGAUCCCAGCUCACUCUCAAGCUGGCUAAAGAUUGACGAAAGACGGGUCUCCAAUUUCUCGCCCGGUAGUCGCUCACAACCUAUUUGGGUAGAAUUCUUGCCAUUCAAUCUACCGUACUCGUCUAAUCAAUGGAAAGUGAUGGUAAAACCUGUGUGGAAAAUUAUCCAAGCGAGCCCGACUUCAUCUGUCCUCAUCUUCGUUCCAUCUAAACAUCAAUGCCAAGCCGUCGCUCAGCAGCUCGUUCAAUGCUCUGCAUCGAGUAUGGGCCGCCAAGACAUGACAGAGCCGACUCAAGAAUUGUGGUAUUACGCAGAACAAUUCACGCAUCCAGAAGUGGCGGACAUGCUGGUACACGGGGUGAUGCUGCUAAAUGAAAGAAUGUCGGCGAGGGAGAUGCGGUUAGGGAUCGAACUGUUUCAACAACGGAAGCUGAAAAUCAUGGUCCUACCUCGCGAAUCAUCGUGGAAGAUCUCGAACGACCAGUUAAAGGCCGAAGUGGUGAUCGUCAUGGGUACUCGCCACGGCGCCACGCAUUUCUCGGGGAACGAGUCAGGUGAAGCGGCUUCCCAAUCGGCCAGCGAAACCGAGCUAUCAGAGUUGGUCCAAAUGCAGGGCUUCGUGGGUGCGACAAGCGCUGAUCCAUUGGGGAACUCGAACACGGGACAAUUCGUGGUGAUGUGUGAGGAGGAGCAGUUGGAAAAAUACCAGAGUUUCUUGAAGGCCGGAAUGCCGCUAGAAUCGACGAUCGAGUUAGAUUCGAGUUUGUAUAUCGAUAUUGUACUGCAGGAAUUGGCUUCUGGUGGUGGGAAGAAGAGGAAAGGAAUCAGCAGAUCCGAAGCCAUCAAGUGCUUAGCGGGGACGUUGCUGUUCGAGCGCAUCCAAGUCAAUCCUUUGUACUACGGUAUCGAUACUCGUCCCGGCCGAGGUAGCGGUGAGGAGACCCAAAAAGACCAAACCGGAUGGGCUGAAUCUGCGGUUGUGGACCGAUGGAUCGAGCGAUUGGUCGAUCUCAGCUGUCUCAAAUCUCUUGGCUUGGAUGCAGUCGAGCUGACUGAGAUCGGCAGCCGGGUGGUCGAGGAGAAGCUCUCAGUCGACCUGCUCGCUCAGCUACGAAGCUAUCUGAAAGACAACUCCCGAAAGACGAUUGGGAAGCUCGUCGAGCAAUCAAAACUCUCCACAGAGGAUGAUUUGAUCGCCCGGACCAAGGAUUUCUACUCGAAACUACCGCGGGUUCUCAAGGACCAAAAUGCUUGGUUUAUUGCGGAGACCACCAGUUCCAGUCCGGACAAACAAACCCCAGGGGAAGACGGCACCGCCGGUCCUCAAAAAACGGACGAUCAGCAGUCCAGCCGCCCGGUCAUAGGCCUUCUGCUCGCUUGCUUCGAGGCCGGAAGGAUCCCGUUUAAUGAUACCGUCUUGGCUCGUGAACAAGCGCAUCUUGUCGUCCAGUCUAUCAAGCUCUUGUUCAAGAGAAUCUGA